UAAGCAUGAUGGCCACAGCUCAGCGAAGCGUGGCUGAUGAGCCGGUGACUUCAGUCCUUCCUGGUGGUGAUGUUCCUUACGAUCCCAAUGGCGAAUACAGUGCCGAUGACGAGGUUCUCGCCGCUUUGGGCUACAAGCCCGAAUUCAAGAGAGAGUUUUCGCUAUUUACUACCUUCUGCGUGAGCUUUGCGGUCCUAGGACUUCUACCGAGCUUCGCAAGCACGCUGUAUUACGGGAUGGGAUACGCAGGAACAGCUGGAAUGACUUGGGGAUGGAUAGUCGCCAUGAUAGGCAUACAAGCUGUUGCAAUGUCCAUGGCCGAGCUAUGUUCGUCGAUGCCUACUUCUGGGGGUCUUUAUUAUGCCUCAGCUGUCUUAGCUCCUCAACCGUAUGGUCCAUUUGCUGCGUGGAUCACGGGUUGGAGUAAUUGGCUCGCACAAGUCACUGCAGCCCCAUCAGUGAAUUAUGGAAUCGCAGCGAUGAUGCUUGCUGGGGCUUCUAUACAGAAUCCGUCAUACGUUCCCACCGAUUAUCAAACUUUUCUCUUGACAGUUUUCGUGAUGCUCAUCCAUGCGACAAUGUCCUCUUUUCCGACUAAAUGGCUUGCGCAAAUCAACUCGGUAGGCUCCACGUUCAACUUCGUCGCCCUCAUCAUCGUCAUCAUCCUCAUUCCAGCUGGAACCGACCGCCCUGAACGCGGUCUCCCACGGUUUGCGCCUAGCUCCGAAGUCUGGGGAACCAUCUAUGAAGGCACAAGCUUUCCGCAUGGCGUAUCGGUGCUUAUGAGCUUCAUCGGCGUCAUAUGGACCAUGAGCGGCUACGAUUCCCCCUUCCAUCUCGCCGAGGAGUGCUCCAACGCCAACAUCGCAUCACCGCGCGCCAUUGUGCUGACGUCCGCCACGGGAGGGCUUUUUGGCUGGUUUCUCCAGCUCGUCGUCGCUUACACGGUUGUCGAUAUACCAGCUGCCCUCGAGUCGGAGCUGGGUCAGCCUUUUGCGGCGUACCUAAUGCAGUGUUUGCCGCAGAAGACGGUGCUCGCUAUUCUAAGUUUGACUAUCAUAGCUGGGUUCUCUAUGGGUCAAGGUUGCAUGAUCGCGGCGAGCCGCGUCACCUUUGCGUAUGCAAGAGAUGACUGCUUUCCUUUUAGUUCGACCUGGAAGAAAGUGAACAACACCACGAAGACGCCGGUUAAUGCAGUUUGGGGCAACUGUUUUAUCGGGAUCCUGUGCCUGCUGCUCAUAUUCGGCGGUGAGUUGGCCAUCGGCGCAUUAUUCAGCAUUGGAGCCAUCGCGGCCUUUAUCGCCUUCACCACACCCAUCUUCAUCCGUGUCUUCUUCGUAAAGAACAACUUCCGCCCAGGGCCCUGGAAUCUGGGACGCUGGAGCAUACCGGUUGGUGUCGUAGCAUGCGCCUUCGUGCUCCUCAUGGUACCAAUCCUGUGUUUUCCCAGCGUCACGGGCGCAGAUUUGACCGCCGAAACUAUGAACUGGACUGUCGUCGUAUACGGCGGACCGAUGUUCCUAGCGAUAAUCUGGUGGGUCGUUUCGGCGCGAAAGUGGUUCAAAGGGCCCAAGGUCAACAUUGAGCACCUGAUGCUAGGUCACGAGGGGAAUAUCGUGAAUGGCAUUAAUGGCGACAAAGACAGGGAGUUGGGAGGUGGGAAGAACGGUGGUGGUAGAGGAAGUGUGGAUAAAGUAAUUGUGGAUGAGGGCAAGGAUGCUUAA